UUUGUCUACACGCUGAACACCCCCCUCCAUUGAUGUGAAUAGAUAAUGAGGACCCCCUACCAGCGGUGACUUGUCGUCUCCUUCAAAAAGCGAGCAUCCUCAUCUUCCGCCCCCUAUUUUUUUUGGAUGUUUUCAACAAUGUAGGAGAAGCUGUCAUUUCAGCAACGAGGAUGCCAACUACAUGCCUUGUUUUUCUUCUCCACACCUUACAUCUUUACAUUCAACUAGGGGAUAUGAAAGAUUUUCGUGAAGGCAAAGUUUGAGGGUACCUCUGUCGGUUUCCCGCUCACCUGACCGCGUGAACCCCUCGCUGUCUAUCGCCAACAGAACAAUUGACGAGCAACUUAAAAGACUUAUUGUUCUGCCGAUGUGAGUGGGAUUUGGCAGCGUUAUUGGAGGAAUUUCAUGUGCGCAACGUUGAAGGAUAUGGCUUAAAAUAAUGGUUGCGUUACUGACAGCCGGAGUACGGUCCGUCACUUGAGUGUUUUAUCAGCUAUUGUCGACUUUGGAGGAAACCCAUCUAAAUGGGAGGAUACCUGGAAGACUGAGUCGGAUACGGCAAUCGAGAAAAAUGUGGAUAAAACGGAGUCUUGGGCGCAGUCCGUCUGCUUUGAGGCCAGGCAGCUGUGUUGGGCACCGGGUGUGGAUCCUGCUGGCCAUGACCCACCUCACCCUGGACUUCUCUGUGUGCAGCCCCCUCAAUCAGGGUACAGGGGUCAAACUCACACCUAAAUCGGUGCCUCGCUCUCGACCUCGCUGGCAGCCGCUCUGGGACACGCCCAACAAGCUCCACUGGAGAACAGUGAGCCCGUUGGCCCGCCGCCUCCUCAACCCUAUCCCUCCGCCUCAAGACAACAGGGCAGGGAUAGGGCCAAAAGUCAAGAGUCAAAAGCAUAGGAAGCCAGCACACAAAGGACAAGCCGGAUGUAAGGAGUGCCGGUUGAGAAACUCUCAAAUGGAGAGUGGUGAUCCUUUGGCUGUAAUAGCGGAAGCUCCAGCAGCUUUAUCCAGCGGCAGUAGAGGAGACGCAGUGAGGUUGUUACUUCGAGCCCGGAGGCAGCUCAAAUGGGACAAUGAUAAGUCUCAGGAGGGCCGGACUACCACAGUGGCCGGAUUUAUCGACUGGGGACCCACGGGGACAGAUAGCAUAGAUGACGUCGGCAAACCCAACGUAACGCUGUCCACCAAGGUCUCAACCUCCACAGUGGCCACGACCACUAGCAGUACAACCAGUCUCACUCAAAGGACGUUCACUGUGGUGACCACACCGGAGGCCAACAGGAUAAGCACCACCAAGACCACAGGCGUGGAGACCGUCAAACCUUCAAAGCCAAAUGGGGACACAUCAGGUUUGGCAGUUCACCAGAUAAUCACAAUCACUGUGUCUCUCAUUAUGGUUAUCGCAGCCUUGAUCACAACACUCGUCCUUAAAAACUGCUGUGCGCAGUCGGGAAAUGGCCGUCACAAUAGCCAUCAGCGCAAGAUCCACCAGCAGGAAGAGAGCUGCCAAAACCUGACAGACUUCACCCCGGCCCGGGUGCCAAGCAAGGUGGACAUAUUCACUGCCUACAAUGACAGCCUGCAGUGCUCACAUGAGUGCGUCCGGACUGCCGUGCCAAUCUACACUGAUGAGAUGAUCCAGCAGACGCCUGUCUACAAGACUGCUUACAAUGGAAACAGGCCCUCCCCCACUGAAAGACAACUAAUUCCUGUGGCCUUCGUGUCAGAGAAAUGGUUUGAGAUCUCUUGUUGACAAGCUGAAGGCCUUCUUCACUUCCUGUGGGUGGAAGACACUUCCUGAAUUCACGCUCUGGAUCCAGUUGGAAACACACAAAACAGCUUCUUUUGUAAAAUAGUGCGAUCACUCUUUGGACACUGGUGAAGAUAUUUAUUUUUCUAGAGAUGACAAGCAGAGCAGCAACAACGCUGCCACUCAAUAUUUCCAGGAACGUACAGUCAUUUAGAUAUAGAUUAUAUAUAGGUAUAUUUACAGGAUGUGUGGGACUUUUGGACGUCACAGAUGUCUCAAGGAAAACAUUUGACAUUUGAAAAAAAACCCAAGGAGCUUCUGUGGGUGGAAGAUGAACUGUAAUUCUGAACAAUGUGCCAAUAAUGCCACUAUGUGCCACAACCUGGAUAGAAGGAAGUUUCAACAACUGAUGGACUAAACAAAGAGCGCUAUAUUAAUCCUGUAUCGACUCCAACUACUUUUAUUUGUGUUUUGUUUUUUAAAGAAAUGUGAAAGAUUAAAAAACGCUACAAAUGUAUUUGAAUAUGUUUUGAAAUAGUUUUAAGAUAUGUGUUGAAAAAGAGUCUAAAAAGAUAUUUAUAUGAAGCACUAUUCUAUUAGUUUGGGAAGAGAGGGGGGGAAAAAAGAAACGGUAUAUGCUUUAGCGAACAGUUGAUUUUAAAACAUGGUUUAUAUAGGUCCCAUUUUAAAAACAGAAUAGUUAUGUCUAUUUUUUUACACAGUAGAUUCUAACGGUGAAGGUCCCUAGCACCUGGGAUUCAGUGCUGUUAAUUAAAUACCCGAACAGAGAUUAGAAGAAAGAAAAAACAUGAAUACACCUCAUGCAAUCCAACCCAACACAAGCUCCAAUCGCUUAUUAUGUACGAUUUUUACCUGAUUUGGCUUAAUGGAAAAAAGUGACAAAAGGGUUCUGUAGUAAAGGAACAAAUCCCAUAGCAGCAAAUUCAUGAAUAGCUAGAGUAAGUACAGCCACAACAGACUGCAUAGAGCUGGGCAGGACAUUCAUACUGCCUCAGGUCUGUCUAGCUCUCUUGCACACUUUAUGUUGGUCUCAGUUUCAGCAGCUGUUCGGAUACAUUCGAAUGAACCGUUAUGAUUUAAAAGGGUGGAAGAGAUUCAAUUCAAGCCUGUAAAUUCAUGUGAUAAUUUGCAUUAAAGGGACAGAGAUUACAAAAUUAAUCUUUCCACAGAGACUAAAUGAUUAUUCCCACGCAACCACAGAGAUUAACUUUUGAUAAAUGAUUUUAUGAAGCCUAAAAAAGUCUGUAUUAAAGUCAGAAAGUCAAGAUGAACAUGAACCAAUUUGUAGUUGAUGGAACAUAAAAUGAUCCUCCAGUUUUCAAAUGAGAGUGUCGAUCAGGAUCAAAUGAUCUACGACGUCCCUAGCAAGAGAAGAAUUCCCUCGCCCAAAUGUGUGGUAGGGGUCAGUUACAUUUCUCCAAUCAGCACUUGAGGACAAUAUUUCUAGCAAAUCAGAAUUUUCUAUUACAGCCAAGAAGUCGUGGGUUGUGCACACAAAUAAAUGUAGGCUGUAGGAAGCAGAGCGCAAACACAAUACGAAUAAGUACAUUUUGUCCUCUCAAUCCCAAAACACUCUGUCAGUGUAUUACUGAAGUAAGGGGAUUAUGACAAGCCAAUCAGCCGCCGCCAAAUUGCUUUAAACUAUCUCCUAUGUCAAGGUUAGGGGAACCCUUGGUCAGGAAAGACAGUAAAUCGCUCCUGAGAGCUUUCCACCCCCAAUAAUGUUAUUAUCAACCUCCAGCUCUGACAGACCGAUUUCCUUUGUGCUCCAAAAGCUCUUGAGGAAACCACCUUUGAAUCUACCUUUCAUUGUGCUGUGGGUUUGUACAAAGCACAAAUACAAUUCAGAAAUUGUAAAGGUUUCUUGGCUGCAGACAGCAAUAUGUACUGAUUAAAGCGGUGGGUUUUAUUUCCGCGACGACAGCGGAUCUCCCGCAAUUCGCUUCGGUUGUUUGAAGGCUCACCUCCUUAAAGAAUUCAAGGUUGUCCCGGAAGGAUCAGUAUCUGUAAAUGUGAGCCAUUCAGGAUGUGCCAACACGGCCUGGGAUAAACACUGUGGUGCAAAACUCACGAUUUUUGCCCAUUCACAACAUGAUAACCACUCUCAUGAAUGACCCAUACCAAUUCAGCCUCACAUGUGUGUGUGUCAGGCUGCGGAGUUGCUUCUUUGACAUAACAUAUAUUUUUUUGAAUGAAGAGUGCUAUCUUACUAGUCAGAGGGUUACGAAAACUUACUGUAUAUUAUACACGUGUAAAUGUAUUUUCUAUAUAUUUGCUUCUAUUUGUGUACAGGUGUGUUCUAUUUUUCAGGACCUCUCCCGUUUCUGGGAAGGUUUUCAGCUAGGUCGGGGAUAGUGUCUUUGUUUACAUGUGUAACUACAGUAUUUCUUUUAAAAACACAAAACUAACAUUGUGCCAAGCUUCCUACCUGCACUUUCAAGCAGUACUUGUAUUAUAUCUUUAGCUAACCAGUAUAAUACUUCAGUAGACGCUGCAAUAGUUCAGAGGCUGGGGAGUGAUUUCCAGGAGGAAUGUCUGAAAGUACUGAAGGAUUCGAAGAGGUGUGAUCAUAUCUUGGGUUCUGCUGCAUUCAUGGUUGGCUGGGAAACCAAUGACUUUCUGUUCUUAUCAUUUCUACAUGGAUUCUAAUAUUGAGUGUUUCAUCACAUAAAUAAAAAAAACAAAACAGUGUUAAUCCAACAGUAGCUGCCAAGAAACCGACUAAACUUGAUGUUACGUUUAUUUGUCAUAUUUUAUAUUUGUAUAUACAUAUUGCUACAACUGCCCCAUUAAAUGUAGGAUUUGCCACAUACAGUACUUGUCAUGACUGCAAAAACUAUAUAGCAUUUUUGAGUUCAUGAAAUGAUCAGGGAAAGAUGCUUAAAGAAAGAAUUGUGGGGGAAAAAAUUGACCUUGUUAAAAAUGCAUACAUGAGUUACGCACAAUUUUCGUAUUUCAACAUUUUAAAGUAUAGGCCUGAUUUGGGUUUAUUUCGACUUGGGUCUUACUGUCAGCCUUGACAUACACUGGCCUUGUCAGUCAACCCUCUGGUGCCAAUGGAAACAUGUAUUUGAUAGACUGCAAUGUUAGCAUCAAUUAGCUCAAAACACUGUGUGCUCACAGAUCUGCUAGUAUAGCUAUCCAUUCUCAGGAAUAGUAGCCAAAGAAACACCAGUCCAACAGUUAUGGUAACUAGGAACACGUCAUCUUUGCUAAAAUGAAGUCCAAAGGGAUAAAGAUACGUUAAACUGUAUGCGUACCAAGUCGAGCUGAGACUGGCGCCAGGACACAAAACUGCAGUCAAACGAAUGGUCACUUUCAGCCAAUUUCAAAAGACCCCUAUUUGUUUUACCUGACUUUGGAGCAGAUAUUAAAAUGUUUACAGUCUGGUGCAAAACAUGGUUUUGGUCUCUAUAGCAAACUUCCCUACUCAUGACAACAUCAAUUUACCCACUGUAAUGGUGACCGAAAGGAAGUAAGAGAACAAGACCCAAGUUUUUAUAGACACAAAUUGUGCUUUAAGCUUACAAAAUGAAGAUUGCGAUCUCUUUCAUCAAAAAUUGUACUUGUGGAUACCUAGUUUGUGUCAAUUUGUUCAGUCAAUGUGACAUUGAAAAUGGUCGAAAUGUUAUACCAAGUCGAUGAUGAUUGUGUGAGACUGCUCACUCAUUCUUACCACUUACUAAAUCUGAUUCAACUGAGAACAUUUUGACAUUCAUUCCUGUGUGUCAUACUGUGUGGUAAAAGAUUAGCAGGUUUUAUUUCAGUAAGCCUUGAAAAGCAUGUUUGCAUUGGUAGCAACACUCAUUAAAACCACAGGGAGCUGCCGGCUAAAAGCAAUUCACUUUGCAUUCCUGAAGGACUUCUGGAAAGAUAGAACUUGAAGCUAUGAAACAUAUUUUAAAACAGGCUAUCAGUAGACAUAGGCAUACAUCCCCCUUCCUGCUUUUUACCUCUGUCUGAAAUCAAACUGAUACGUAAGGAAAUGCCUUACUGCUUUCUUGCCUUUUCAGUUUAUAUUCCAGGAUAGCCGAUGAUAGCGAUUUAUUAUAGCUAAGAGGGAGGAAAAUGAUUCCACUUGGCUGGUCAGAUUUGAUUCAGGAAACAGAGCAGUGCAGGCAAAGGACAGGGGGAAGGGUGCUUGUAAAAAAAAAAAGAGUCUUAAACAGACACCAAAGACUAGACAUGCCUUUUUCACAACGAAUGAAUAUUUUGCAACUCCCGUUCUGUCUCUUCAGCAGCCCGUGAAACCAAUGCUCCCAUCAGCACAAACAAGCUAUCAAUCAGCCAGGGUUUUCCUGUCAAGAUGAAGGAUGUGCCGCACACUCAUUUGCAAGGACUGUGAUUCCUGUUUGCAUGUCAGAGAUACAGAGAGGAACCUAUUGACAUAUGGUUCUGAAUUAGAUAUUGGCUGAACAUCUCCAAGGCCGAGGUUUUGUUUAUUUUCCAUAUCAUUGGAAGCGUUCACAAGAGGAGAGUAAUCAAUGUAUGGAUUACUCAGUUUGCCCUGGGGUGUCUCAUUAUGGUACAAACAUGUCCGCAUUAAUGUUACAUGGUGGUGAAUUUCAUUUCAAACAGAAGUCGAUAGGUUGCUCAACCAGCAGGGAGAAAGAUAAAUACAUGUUCUGACAACGAAAAAAAGGAAAAAGUGUAUCUUUACAGUCCUAGAAGCGUAUACUACUAAAUCCACUCCGCUUCUCCUUAUUGUUUCAGAAAAAUCACAUACUGUGCGCUUACUGUAAAGCGGAGGGCUCCGACUCUCCUUUGGGCCAUGUUGUUACUUUUCUAUUCCAAAAAGCUAAGGCGCUGUCAGUGCGUAUCAAUCAAUAAAAAGAUUCUCACUUUGGUUGCAACAUCUCCAUUUUCCCAUAAUCUCCCUGUUCAAUGGAGUCUAGUUGUGUGACCCAAAUCUGACACAUUUGACAUUGUACAAUGUCUUCAGAACAGAGAGUUAGCUUGGAAUGAGUGACACGGCAAGGAUAUAUAGAUGCAUUGCUCCAUGAGAGUUGAUCAAAUCAAUUUGGACAUUGCUGUCCAAAAAAAAAAAACCCUCAUACAAACAGUUUCAAUUUUCAGGGCUGAGGAAGUUGUACAGGUUUUUUGUUUCCUUUUUUAGGGAAUGGGGGAGGUCUUUUGACAUGUGGGCACACAAGUGGUCUGUUCAUCGAAGCCGACUUACAAUCACAAUCCAUCCCCACCAUGAAGAAGCUGACUCGAGUUGUGUUGUCGCCAUAAAAAUGAAGAGUUUGUACUUUGUGACUCUUACAUUUUUUAUAUUUGUGUUUAAUAUAUCAAUGAGUACCUCUGUUAACUUUUGUAUAAGACCUAUAGUAUAUACAAACACACAUGCACACACAACACACCUCCACAAAAGGGACUCCAGUCUGUCUCUGUGACGGCUAAAUGUUGUGUACAUUUUAUUUCGUGUCCUAUGAACCACAUCUCUUCCUUUUGUAGUUAUUGGUAAACGUUUCGAUUUCCAGGUGACUUUGAUUUGGUUACUCUUGUACUACUAAGCUCUGUAUUUGCAAGCACUGUAAAUGCGAUUCUCAUUGGAUUCGUCCUCUGUACAUUUAGUACUCUGAUGUUGCUAUUAAUAAAAUGUAAAACACA